AUGUCUUCACUGCUAGAAGAGCCUUUAGACGAAGCGAUCAAGGCCGAUGAAGAGGAGACAGAGGUUCCUGCCCAGCUAGACGAGACCGAGGAAGAGAACCAGAUAACAGAGGAGGGCGAAAUUGAGGCAGCCGAGAUCGAAGCGGACGAAGGCGCACUAGCCGAGGAAGAUGAACAAACCGAAGUAUCUGCUGAAGCGAGUAUGGGGGAAGCGGCUCGAGAGAAUGGUGACGUAUCGCCGUGGGGUGAGGAUGAGACGAAUCAAGAGGUCGAAGCGGGUGCAGAAGACGACGGCGACGACGAUGAUGACGACGGAGACGAUGCUUGGGAAUGGCAGCUUCGAGUCGUGCAGCGCGUGAGCGAAGGCAUGCUGGACCUGAGCCUGUUCACGUCGGGCGGGUUUGAUUUCGUCGUCGUGCUGAACGUGCAGCAGAACGCGUUGAGAGAUCUCGAGCCGAUCGCGGGUAUGGCUCGGACUCUGCGCGUCUUAAACGCAACUCAGAACGAGAUCGCAACGCUGCCGGGCUUGGAUUUCUGGACGAAAUUCCGUUGUCUGAGUCUGUGCUUUCUAGCUCAAAACGCCUUAAGAACGUGGACAGAUGUGCUAGGGCUAGAAGGGUGUGCGGGGUCGUUGACGUGGCUUACGUUGGCCAAUAACCCCCUCAUGACGCUGAAGAACGCGCGCAGCUUCGUGGUCAACAAGCUGCCCUUCCUGAAGGCUCUGGACAACUUCGUGACUACGGACCAAGAGGUGAUUCAGCAUGCUCGUCCAAACGCUCGUUUCAGCGCGCUGGCUCCGCGAUUAAGCAUCUCUCAUCUCCACAUGCCCCUCGAGUUCGAGACCGACGAUGCAGCUCUUGUCUACGCUGGGGAGACGGAGGCAGCCGUAGCAAGCAUCUUUGCCGACAACAGCCCAAGCGUUCGUGCGCAGAAGCUCGUAAGAGGGUAUCUAUCGCGGCGUGCGAAUUUCCCGCGCUUCCGCAAUGUGCGUGAACUCGUGAUCCACGUUCAGAAGCACAUCCGCGGCUUCCUGUUACGCCAGCGCAUCAAGCGUCAGAUCUGCGACCUGGUGGCAGCGAAUGGCGAGUCCAGACUACUAAUGGCGUCCGUUGCUGCUGGCCACGGACUGUUGUCCCCUCUAGCGCGUCGGACGUUUGAGAAGAUGUUGCCGAUGGUUCGUCGGUGGCGCACGCAGUUUCAAGCUCGAAAACGCGCCGUGGCCAUCAAGAAGAUUAGGUUCUGGUGCCAAAUGGUGUAUCAGCGUCACGCGCGCCGUACUCGCCAGCUUCUUCGUGAUCAACAGGAGAUCUGGAUCUACUACACGCCGGAGUUCGAGCAGGAGCUGCUAACCCUUGCAACACGCGUUGCUCGGCGUGAUCCGUAUCUGAUGACGCUGUCUCGUGACGAUCGUCUCGAACUCCUACGGGAGCGUUGUGCCCAUUCUGGAAUCAGCGUCUUGCGUGGACCAAAUCCGAACUCCAACGUCGUGCGGGUAGCUACAGACCCGAGCGAUCGACCUCCCACGCCUGAGUCUCGAGGGCAGCACUUCCAGCGAGAAGAGGACGAAGGGUACAAGCUGCUACGUAUGACCCAAGAUGCACAGUCGACACUGGAUGGAUCGCCACAAACCGAGCAGCAGCCAUACCGUGCAACUCCACCAGGUUGGCCAGCCUUAAUCCGAGCUUUCCCAAGUGACAACGUGCUUGAAAACCGGUUACUCGUCACUGAGAAGCAGUUCUUGCAGCAAGAUUUGGAGCGCAUCGUUUCCAUUCAAGCGCAGCACCGACAAGCGAUUGCCAACAGCGAGGCGAAGGAGGGUCAAAGCCCUACGAGGCUCCAGUCGAUGAUGAAGCUACAAUCUCGCGCUGUUUUGGUGCACCUCGGUCAAGUCGCGCGCCAGGUUCGGCAGCGACUGGUGAUUUGCAACCGGAAAAUUCUCAGCGCGUGUGUGAAGCAACAACAGCGGCGACGCGAACAGCUUGCGAGCAAAACCCACUUUUCGAUGGCAAAAACGAAAGUCCGAGCGCGAGGGCAUGCGCCAACUCGAUGGGAACGCAAGAAAUUGACCUCGGAAUCCUCGGAACAUGCGUGUGGUUACAGGAAAAUGAAGGUGUUUAUCCCUUGGACUAUCGACAUGUACCUGCACAUCGUGGCAAGUCUUGAACGCGCAGUCGCCAUGUGCUCUGUGGGACCGGCGAAGGCCUUCGCGUUGCCGUACGAAGAGGCGAAACGCGCCGACGCAGCGUUGCUGAUCCAGUCGGCGUGGCGCGCUUCGUUCUGCCAUUCGAGACGAAACGCGCUUGAGAUUACGAUCGCGCGUGCUCUUGUGUGCAUUCAGCGGUGGUGGAGGUUCCGUAUUGGUCUGCGCCGUCGACUCGACGUGCUCCGCGCGUGCAUGCUGGUUGGGGCGAGCAUUAAUUCUCGGACGCUGUUCAUGGAGGCUAGUGUGUAUCAGACGCUGGCUGAAUCCUGGCCAGCAGUGCAGGCGAUCAUUUCGAGGCAUCGGUGCCACGAACAUCGUCUUCACUGUCGAAUUGUAUCAGGAGCUCACGUGGAGCUUACGCUCACUCCGGGGCAGCUUUUACUCUACAACGCCAGUCGAGAAGAACGGUCGAUUCUCCUCCCUCAGCACCAGCACCAGCAGAUACCUACAGGGACUUCUAGCCACGUAAGCUCGUCCAAGAUCGAACUAUGGUCAAAUCAACGCUGCAGUGCGUAUUUCCCGGUGUGGAUGCCUGGCACCCCUGACCCUGUGCAGGAGAGCAUGACCUCACGGUUCGAAGAUGCUGCAGCGUUAUUGCUUGUCGACGGCGUGCAGGUUGAACCGACGCUUAUGGAGCGUGAACUCAUGUUGGGCAUCACACAGCCACCGGUGGCGGAGAUGUUCGCUCAAAUGAACCCGUUCCGCGAGUUUCCGAUGUGCCAGCGCGUGGUGAAUUCGGCUACGCGCGUGAUGGAACUAGUACAUCGGCUUUCGGCGCACAAGUCGACGCGGAAUUGGCAGCUCGAGCCGGCGCAGCAGGGGAUCGAUGCUACGUCUUUUGUGCGGUUGACGUUUGAAUCCAUCGAUGAGGCUCGGAAGCGUGCGCUGGUGUUGCUCUGCAAGACGUUCGACCCCAUUACGAAGACGUACGCGAGGAUGUUCUCGCUGGAGGCGCUUUUUGGCGCUGCGUUUCGCCACCACCAGUGGGCUCUGAGCCAGGCCGCGACUCAAGAGGAGGUUGAGUCUGUCCUCGACGAGUCUCGAGUCUGGCUACAAGAUGAAUUCCCAUCCCGGUGGUGGAUAAACACCGAACGGAAGCUGGAGAAGCUGCGUGCCGCUGUUGCAGCACGCGGAGCUUCUAAGUCUGUCUUAGCAACAGCAAGGGCGUCUCCCACGUUUCACGUCCAACAAAUUCCCCCAAGAGAACCUCAGACUAUCGAGCCUGUCCGCCCUCCAGACGUGGAGACCCGUGGACCACCUCGAGUGUUUCCAAGGCCUCCACAACCCGAGUCUCCACCCAAGAACACGUCUGCAGUGCCACUGCAUGUAGUCGAGUCGACUUUACCCCAAGACGCUGAACGACAUCCGAGCGAUCGAAUCCAAGUCCAAGUUUCAACUAUUCCUACUCAACCGCAGGCUCCGUCGCGACCUGCGUCACCAUGUACACCGUCGGGAAGCAGUCGGCACCAAAAGCUGGUAAACAGACUGGGAAAGGCUUGCUACGCGUGCAUAGAGGACAAGCAGUACCAAGAGCAGCAGACUCGAGACCAUCACGUCCGUGAUCUGCGAGAGGAAGGCGAACGCGCAAUGGAAGCGCUUAUUGUCGAUCGACGCAUGCUGCAGCGUGAGAAGGCGACCGUAGUCGCGAGUAUCAAGCUGGACAUCGACGUCAAGUUGCAGCGGAUGCGCUUCGAGCGUGAACUGGAACAGAUACAUACGCGUGGAGAAUUGGAGCAGCAACGGAACACUUCACGCCGUCGAAAGUUGACGAGGGAGUUUGAGACGAAUUUCGUGGCUCAGUCGGGAGCGUUAAUGCGUCGCGCAGCUCGAGCCGCCGUUGCGAGCAGUCUGAAAGCAGAAGAGCAGGAACAGCAGCGUCUUACUGCUGCCGUGAAGGUGCGUGAAGCAGAAGCGCUUGAGCGGCGGCGAGAUGCCAAGAGCUUUUGGUUUGUGAGAAAUCGCCAGGAGAAGAGGGACAUGGAGGCAGUGCGGCAACUUCGAUCUGCUGAGGCUGACAAGGCAGAACGCAGUCGACUGGCAAGUCUGCAGCGACGCAUCAAUGAGGACAGUGAGAUCAAGAAAAUGCUACGGCUGAUGUAA